AAGAUGCAAGCCAGCCCCAUCUAUAUCCCAACUGUUAACAAUGACAUUGACUGGGACUCCUGCUUCCAUCGGUCACAGCAAACCCCCAUCCCAGCACAACAGCAGACAGAUGAGUUGUACCCCACUUAUGGGUCUGAAGAGAGUGAAGAAGAUCCUGCAGUCCAGGAGGAGGAGAUAAGCACAGACUAUAUGUCUCUUCCCAAAGAAAAACUAGUUCAGUCCCAGAAGAAAAUAACUCAGCUGAUUAAGGAAAAACUGACUAUCCAAGCAAACAAGGAGCUGAUCUGUGUCAUCCUUUCUCGAAUUGCUUUUGGAGAAGAACACUGGAAAUGUGCACAGGCUUUGACCAACCUGGCUUAUGGCUACCUGGUACUAAGAGGGCUCCCAGCUCAGGCCAAGAAACAUGCUGAAUCUGCCAAGAACAUACUGUUGACCUGGAAGGGAAAAGCGUCCUCAGACAAGGAGAAAAAGGAAAUCCUGGAAGCUCUGAUCAUGCUCAACUACACUCUGGGGGUGAUCUGGCUCCUACAGAACCAUGGCAGAGAGGCCUAUUUCAACCUGCAGAAGGCAGACAGACUAAUGAAGGAACUGAAAGGAUUAACUAAGAGAGGCAUUUGUGGAUGUGGAUUAUACGUCUCAGAGAAAGAUCUAACAAUUGCUUUGGGCAGAGCCUCAUUGGGCAUCCAUAGGUUGAACCUAGCUCUGGCAUACUUUGAAAAGGUAACUGGUGAUGUCAUUGCUACCGAGGGUAAUGACACAUCAGAUCUGAUUAGUCUCUAUGAGGAAAUUGCCCAGAUUGAGCAGCUGAGGAGGAACCAUGAGCAGGCCAUCCAGUACUUGAAGCAGGCCUAUUCUAUCUCUGUUUCUUCAUUCACUGAAGUCAGCCCUCAAACUGCAGAGGCAAGUGCGUUACUAGCCAAAGCUUAUGCCAUGUCUGGAAAGCCCCAGCACAGGGAUGCUGUUGAGGCAUAUUUUAUAAAAAGUAUCAGUGCAUAUCAAGCAACACUGGGCUUAGAGGAUUAUGAAACAUUGACUACCAUUGAAGAAUUUUGCAAAUGGCUUGUUGAAAAUGGAGAUAAACAGGAGGCUUACAAACUGCUAAAGGCUUCACUGAAGUCCCAGAUCAUCAGCUAUGGUGACUGUAGCAAAAAGGUGGCUGAAACUUUUUAUAACUUGGGCAGGAUCUGCUUUGCCAAAGGAGAGCUCAGAAAGGCAAUUCAGCUGCUAAGGAAGUGUCUGAUGAUUCAAAUUCUUGUAUAUGGAAGUGAGCAUAGUAAAAGCAAAGAGACAAAAGGCCUCCUUACCCAACUGCAGAGGUAAGUUCUGUUCCUGGGCAUCAACCAGAUCAUCAGUGUGAAUAUACAUCUAGCAAAGGCCUCUCACUGAUUAAACCAGUGUUUAAAGUCAGCUUCUUCUCUGCUGUGUCUAAAAGACCUGACAAGAACAAUUUUAAGGUGGAAAAGUUUAUUGGGGGCUUAUAAUUUCUGAGGUCAAAGUCCAGUUCCAUUCCUUGGGGCUGGAGGUGAGGCAAAACAUCAUGACAGAAGAGUGUGGUGGAGGAAGGCAGAUCAGGACAUGGCCACCAACAAGUCAAGAGAGACUCUCCUCACCACAGACAACAUAUGUAUCUACAGGUACACCCCGAUGACCCAGCUUCUCCAGUUACACUCUACCUGCCUACAGUUACCACUCACUACAGUUAUCACAGGAUUAAUGCACUGAUUAGGUUAAGGUUUUGAUAACUGAAUCGUUUCACCUCUAAGUUUUCUUGCAUUAUCUCACACAUGAGCUUUUGGGAAACACCUAAUAUUGAAACCAUACAACCAGAUGGUGAUGAUUUACUUCUGUCAUUGUUACUAGUAAGACAAAAUGCCUCUGCUAUAGAUUUAGCUAAAUCCUGUGCUGAGGGUAACCAACUUAUUUCUUGUAUUCUUUUAGAACACAGUAUUGUAGCUAGGCACAGUGGUACCCACCUGUAAUCCCAGUGACAUAGGAGGCUGAGGCAGGCGGAUCACAAGUUUGAGGCCAGCCUCAGAAACUUAGCAAGAACUCUGUCUAGAGAUAAAAAAAAUAAAAAGGGCUGGGGAUUUAGCUCUAUGGUAAAGUGCCCCUGGGUUUGAUCCCUAGUACUAAAAGUUAUCACACACAGUUUAUAGGUUUCUGCUACAGUAAUAAUGUUCUUUAUAAUAUCUUUUUCAAUGCCAAACAUUAUAGCUAAAUUCUGCAAGUUAAUGCAGUGUGAUAGAUAUGAUAUGGAUUUAUACAAAUUCAAUUAUUUUUCUUUUUUUUGUCAAAAGAAGGAGCUUUAUUUAUUUAUUUUUAGGAGCUUUAUUUUAUGCGACAUAAAAACAUAAUUGCUUUUACUUUCUACCACUAUAAUAGCAACAUUUUAUCUAGAGUUAGAUCCAAGCUAAGCUUCUGGGAUUUGACAUAACAAAUUGCUUCCCAUAUGUGUCAGUUAUUUUUCUUGAUGAAGGUACAAAGUCCAUGUUCCUAAAUGUAUGGUACAUUCAUUGGGAAUUUACUUAUUUUCAAUGUUAGUGAUGAGAGAACUUGUUUGUAUUCUGUUCUUGAAUGUUUAGACAUAAGCUGAAGAGAAUAUAUGCAGACUUGCCUCAUUCUUUAGCCGUGGUAUAUUACUGAUAUUAUUUACCUCUACAUGAUGUUGACACUGAAAUGUUCUCUGAGAAAGAGGAGAAUUAAAAUUAGUUGAAUAUUUACUAACUGCCUAUCUCUCAUAAAGUAUUUUAUUUAAGCAAGCCUUACAAAUACCCAAUUUGAAAGCUCUCAUUUGAUAGAAGGGAGCCUGAUGUUCUGUAAAGGAAUUUGCCUAAAGCCUCUGUCUUGGACAUUCAAGGAAGUGCUACCCUUUAGAUGAUGUGCUUUUUUCUGAGAGCCUCAAACAAAGAAGGGUCAUCCUUAUUGGGUGAGAGUUAGGACCCUGAUUGCAUUUACCACAUGGGACUCACAAUCCAUCUCUUCUCAGUGGGCUCACCAGGGAGAAAAAAUGAGAAGGAAGAAUACUUUCAGCCCAUCCUCUCUGCACCAACCUCAGUCAGAGCCACAUGUAAGGCAGGACCCACAGAAGGCUAGCUCCUUUUUAAAAAAUCCUUAAGCAGAGGAUGAGGUUCUCCAGCUUCCCUCUGUGAUGCCAAAGUUAGGAGUAUAGAGAGGAACAGCCAAACGGCAACACAGAGAACUUUGUUCCUUGCCUGUCAGUGAAUUGAAAGCAUAUUUGCUUAAUAAGUAACCAUAAAAUAUGAACAAUUAUCAUAUCAAAGUCCUUCAUUUCCCUGACAUUGUACUAUAUUAAUAUGUGUUAUUUCUGAUUGAUAAACCACGCUGCUUGUUAGGUAUUUUUUGUCUCCCAUGAUGAAACAGAGGCUCAGAAUAUUUGUAUAUCUUGUCAGAAAUCUCCAUUUUGGUAAGUGUGGUAAGAUUUGAAUCCAAGUUGAUUAGAUUUCAAAACUGCCCUUAUUUUACUAUAUAAUAUGUAUUCAGAUUUUGAUGAUGGGUACACAUAUGCACAUUACCUGUUCAUCAAGUAAGACUCCAGAACCCAUUUUACAUAUGAAGAAAUGAGAACUGACUUACUUGAGUUAAUUUGCCCAGGAAGAGGCAGAACUGGAAUUUUAAUACAGAUCUCUUACUCUAGGAUACAUUCUCUGCAGGUGAUGUAGCUUGCACUCUGAAGGUAGACUUCCUGGAUUCAAAACUCAGGCUCUAACUCUCAGUCCUCUGACCUCAGAGAAGUUACUUAAUCUCCUUCAGCUUCUAGUUAUGCAUUGGUAAAAUAAUAGUACCUUCCUCAGCAAGUGGGUUUUCAGAAAUAAUGAGAUCAUAUAUUACAGUGCUUAGAUCAGGGCCUGGCAGGUUUUAAAUGCUCAAUGAAUGUUGACAUCAUAAUAAUGAAAUAACAAUAAUAACAGUAAUUGUCUUUCUGAGGUGCUAGAGAUAAUAAAUAGGUCAGAAUGUUUAAAUAAGAGGCUUCUGAGAAUCACCCUAUUAUUAUUUUAUAUUAAGAGUAUUGGUAAGAAAUAUAAAUAACUAGAGUCAGACCUGUGAUCUUUUUUUUAUUAUUUUAUUUUUUCCCCAAAAGAUUGGCAUAUGAGGAAAUUGCAUGGGAAUGGAAGGUGACCCUCAUUGUUAUACAAAAUUACAUAUAAGAGGAUAUGAGGGGAAAGGAAAAAAAAUCAAGGGAGAGAAAUGAAUUACAGUAGAUGGGGUAGAGAUAGAAGAUGGAAGGGAAGGGGAUGGGGGAUAGAAGAGGAUAGGAAAGAUAGCAGAAUACAACAGUCACUAGUAUGGCAAUAUGUAAAAAUGUGGAUGUGUAACCGAUGUUAUUCUGCAAUCUGUAUACGGGGUAAAAAUGGGAGUUCAUAACCCACUUGAAUCAAAUGUAUGAAAUAUGAUAU